UGAUGUGUCAUGAAAAACGACUUGUUGGGCCGAUCAGCUGGCAGGACAGACAGACAGACCCACGGAUAAAAGUUCACAGGUUUUUGUUUUUGUUUUUUUAUAACCCAAGCUGCCUGAAAAAAAUCGUGCUACUCAUGGAUUUACCACGCUCGAAGUGAUGCAUAGAAGGCGCCAUGGAACAAACCAAUGCAGCCUCGGGUGCGCACGAGAUGAAGGGGUCUGACGUGGAGUUGACAGGUGAAUUCCCACAGAUGACGCAACUCCACAACUGCACACGUGAAGUCGAAAAACAAGAACCCACGUCGGAUGAUUGCACAGCAGAAGAAUUUGUGCAGACAAAAGGGGACUUUAUCAAAACUACAACAGAUAGUUUUUCAAAGACAAAGAUGGAGGAACAAGAGGGAGCGGGUGGGCCUGCCUCUGAUGGCAACUGUGAUAGUAUUACAUGUUCAACCGAAGAGAACAAGCCGGAUCUUUUAAAUGAAAGCUCUUUGGUGGCCUCAGGUGAUGCCGUUGAAAGCCUGCCCUCUGUAGAACCUUUGCUGACUUUUCACAAAGAUUCUCCGAACGGCGACGAGGAGUCAUCCGUCAGCAAGGAGCCCUCGCCGCUCAGCCACAAUGGAUUAUCCCAGAGUCCAUCAUCCCCAUCAAUGCACAGCACUUGCAAAAACUCACCCCCUGACUCCACGACCACCACGUCCGGCAUCUCAAACGGCCCCUCCACCCCCACGUCGGACACCGUCAGCUCCUCGCUCGCCUCCAGCCCCCAAAGUGGCGCCGACACGUCGGCGCCCUCCGAUUCCACGUCCAGCCCGUAUGACACGGAAUGCAGCCGGAAGCUGAUCUCCCAGAUCCAGCGGUCCCUGUCGCAGGAGUCUCUGCUGGACGAGCUGGAGUCGGAGCUGAUGGCGUGUCAGCUUCCCGAAGUUGAACGAGAACGCGGGAGGAAAGGAAGCCCACCCGUCAAUGGACUCCCCUCGGAGCAGGAGGAAUGCAUGUUGGUCUUUGAGAAGUGUGUCCAGUACAAGUAUGCACAGCAGGAAAAGUCCAUCCAGAGUUUGCUGGAGGAAAACAAGAGACACCAGGACCUAAUCCUGGGCAUUUGUUCUGAGAAGGACAACAUGAAGGAGGAGCUGAAAAAGAGAGCAGAGACGGAGAAGCAGCACAUAGGCACCAUCAGGAAAUUGGAGGGCAUGGGAAAGGAGCUGCAGAGGGAGCUGAAGGAGACUCGGGACAAACUCAUUCAUCAGGAACAGGCGGCAAAGGCUGGCCUGAUGCAAAUGCAGAAGGAGAUGACCUACCGCCUGGAACAGGUGAACAGGAAGUGUGAGGAAGCGCGCCAAGAGAAGGAGACCAUGGUGAUGAAAUACGUGCGUGGAGAGAAGGAGGCCCUGGACCUGAGACGGGGCAAGGAGAGUUUGGAGAAGAGGCUGCGGGAGGCCACAAAGGAAGUGGACCGACAGGCCCUGCGAGGGAACCAGCUCGCUCAGGAAAGAGGCCGCCUGCAGCAGCUGUGUGACGCCAAGGAAGGCGAGGUCAGCAGGCUGACUCGCGAGGUGGACAAGUUGAAGGACGAAAUCAACUCUCAUCUUAUCAAGGUCAAAUGGGCCCAGAACAAACUCAAGAGUGAGGCCGAUGCCCACAAGGAGUCUAAAGACAGGCUGAGGGACGUCACGUCGAAACUGACGCAAGCCAAAGAGGAGACGGAGCAGAUCCGCAAGAACUGCCAGGACAUGAUCAGAACAUACCAGGAAUCUGAAGAGAUCAAAUCCAAUGAGCUGGAUGCAAAACUAAGAGAGACCAAAGGAGAACUGGCGAAACACAAGCAGGAACAAACCGACCAGUUAGAGGUGCAUCGCGUGAAGGCCAAAGAGCUGGAAGACCUCAAGAGGAGUUACAAAGAGAGCAUGGAUGAGCUGGACACUCUUCGCACCAAGUUGAAGUGUCUGGAGGACGAGCGUCCGCGCUGGGAGGACGAGCUCAGCAAAUACCGGGAGAUCAUCAACAGGCAGAAAGCCGAGAUCGGGCGCCAGAGAGAUGAGCUGAACAAGAUGGACGCGCUCCAGGACCAGCAUGAAAGGGACCAACAAGAGCUCACGUCCCGAUGCGACGAGGUAGACUCGUUGAACAACCAGAUGGCCGACCUCCAGCGCGACGUGCAGGGAAGCAGGGAGCGCGAGGCCGAGCUGCUGGGCUUCACCGAGAAGCUCAGCAGCAAAAACGCGCAGCUGCAGUCGGAGAGCAACGCCCUGCAGUCCCAGCUGGAUCAACUCGGCAGCAGGUUCGCCGAGCUGCAAGCCGAGCUGGAGGAGACCAGCAGCGCGCUGGACGACAAGUCGCGACGGCUCAAGCGGGAGGAGGUGCUGAGGCAGCAGGAAGUGCGCGGCCUUCAGGAGGAGAGGACGGCGCUGGAAGGCGAGCUAGGCCAGCUCAAGACGCGAGUCGACGAGCUGAGAGACGAGCUGGUGACUCAGAAGAGGAAACAGGCGGCCAACAUCAAGGACCUGACCAAGCAGCUGACACAAGCUCGAAAGCGACUGGAGCAGGUUGAGAAUGGAGGCUGCGACCGCGAUGGCGGCAGCAUGGGCAGCCGAUCGAGUUCCUCAGGUGCUUCAUCUGGGUCCUUGAACGCACGCCACGGGGGCGCAGUUGAGGAGCGCUCGCCGGAGAGCCACUCGGGUCCCUCGGUGGUGGUCGUGGACAGCUUCCCGGAGGUGGACAAGGCCGUGCUGGUGGAGCGCAUCGUCCGUCUGCAGAAGGCGCUGGCCCGCAAGCAGGAGAAAAUUGAGUUCAUGGAGGAUCACAUCAAGCAGCUGGUGCAGGAGAUCCGUAAAAAGACCAAAAUCAUCCAGAGCUACGUGCUAAGGGAAGAGUCGGGGGCCCUCUCGUCAGAGGCGUCAGACUUCAACAAGGCCCACCUGAGCCGACGGGGGGGCAUCAUGGCGUCGCUGUACACGUCCCACCCGGCCGACAGCGGCCUGACGCUGGACUUGUCGCUGGAGAUCAACAGGAAGCUGCAGGCGGUGCUGGAGGACACGCUGUUGAAGAACAUCACUCUCAAGGAGAACCUUCAGACAUUGGGCGCCGAGAUCGAGAAGCUGAUAAAACAGCAGCGAGACCCCGUAGACGGAGCGAGGAGGAAGUAAGUCAAGGACCAAGGACUAUUUGAAGGACGGGCUUUUCAAAACGGAACACCUUUUGGUCACCUUGCAUCCAGAACAUGAAGGACUCGUACGAAUGUGCCAGUAGCAUCCUUUUGGAGACCACCUCCUUUUCUUCUUCACGUUCCGACUUACUUGAAUUGUCCCGGCGACUUUGCGCCUCUUUUGGUACAACAGAUCUUCCUGGUCGUGAGCCAUGCCGCGAUUCCUCUGUGGACGUUUUACUGGCUAGGAGAUUGUGAAAUGUAGACUCACUCUUCGGCGGAAAUUCUCACAAACAAAAUGGACUCAUAAGUGUGUGUGGUGGGGGGGGGGGGGGGGGGGGGGUAUUUUUUUGUCUCUUGGUUCUAUCGUAGACAACGCCAUCCGCCAAGUAAACCUCAAUGCCAAAAUAUUUUCAAAAAGCCGCCUGGCUAAUAAUGCAGUCCAUAUGUGAAGCGGCAGCCAUUUUGUGACGCGGUGCUAGACGACGUUUGCAAGCAUCUCAACCAGAAGCUCUUUGAAAUGGAAGAAAUUGUACAUAAUGCCAGUCUGAAUGUGAUUCAGUUUAAUUCAUUUUCCUUAAUGCCAGUCUGAAUGUGAUUCAGUUUAAUUCAUUUUCCUUUGUUGUUGUUGUUGUUUUUUUUUUGUUUCACUGAUUUUAUUUCCCCAUGUUUGAUUGUUCCUGCCCUUUUUUUUAAAGUUCUGUUUUCUUGAAUAAGAUACAUUAGGAUUGCUGUCAAUUUAAAUUGACUUUGGGAGAAUUACCUCAAACAUUUUUCCUUUCUCUCUCACGAGUCACAACAAAUUCUCUUUCCAAUGACUUAAAAUUUGGAUUUGGAUCGUAAUGAUUACGACCUUGAAGGUGACCGGAAAUUGAAAAUUCUUGCCAUUUAGUGCAAAUAUUGCCUUUUUUUCCAGAUAAGUUAGAAGCAACAUUUUUUAAACAAAACAUUUUUGUUAGCUUUCUGCUCACCUUUGUACAAUUAUAAUUGAAAGCACUAUUUCCUGACCCACAAAAAAAGCGAUUUUCUUUUUUUGUUUUAAUUAUUAUUAUUAUAUUUUUUUUCCCUUCUCUCUUGCUCAGUUUCUGAUUUCAAUUCAUGGCUCCAUUUUUGCUUUUCCUUUUUUGUUCAAAAUAAAAUAAAUGAAGAUUAGAAUAACGUUGCUCUUAUUGCAGUAGCGCAACAGUACAGGAACUGAACAAGGUUAGCAGUCAGGUGAGAUAGACAGCGUAAAGUGAAAAGAAAAAAAAAACAAAACACGAUUUCUAUGCAAUCGUAACAACUUUACAAAAGCAAUUCAUUAAGCGGCCUAAUACCGAUACCUGCUUUUAGUACUCGCCCACAUCUCUAUCUACUAAAUUAAUAUAAUUUUUAAAAAAGUAAUCGUAAAGUUGAAUCGAGUAGGAAUUUUCACAAAAUGUUGUGCACUGUAAUUAGCUUCUUGGGUGAGAGUUACUUUAUUUAAAAAAAUUAAAAAAAGCUUUUUCCCCCCCCCUCACUAAACCCACUUUAAAAUCACACCUAAUUACAUAUUUGUGGCAAGCAAAAUUUUGCAUUUUUAAGUCAACAGGUGUCAACUGUCCCAUGUUUGUAGAAUUUCCUUUAUUUUUUUAUUUUUAUUUUUUUUCCUUUGGGUACGUCACCACGCGGGAUUUAAGACUUGCGUUGAUUUGAAUGUAAAUUAGGGCUCAACUUCGCUUGCUGAGUAUGGAAAUGGCUUAAAUGUUGAGGUAUUCUUAUUAUCUGUCUUUGUAGUGUCACUGAGUCGAAGUAUCUCUAUCUUGGUAGCUGCAAAACAAAUCUAUCCAGGGACAAAGUGCAAUGUGCGUCCUUUCUUUUAGUUUGGUUCUUUUUGUGUUUGCCGGUCCAAGCCAUGUAUGUGCACUGCAAUAGUCGCUGGCUUUUUUCCUUCGAUCUCGCCGAGGGUUUGGUUUGGGGCUCACGUCCUCGCUGCACUUGGUCGGGUCUUAUUGGCUCGACCGACCCACGUUGACUUUGAUGAUUGUUCCAUCGCGCGCCGUAAUCGCGCUUUGCUUUUGAUGAAGGGAAUCGACGGCCAGUCCUUUGUAUCGACGGCCAGUCGAUACAAAGGGUCUUGAUUUGAUCAUAUCUCACGCGGCGUCGCAUAAAACUGCUUCGGCGCGCUUUGUGAGAGGACGAGCCCUCCGGCUUGGUUGUUUCGGAGAAAAUCAUAAACGUAUUACACUCUUAACACGGAAAUGCAACAAAAUAGCCACACCGGCGCUGUAACUGCGGAAUUUGUGCGCCCAUCCUUUCAACCAGAACCCAGCAAAGCGCAGGAUCUUGGUGCUUUUACAAGGCGACACAGCACACCGCAAUCGAAUAAUUAGAUGUAAUGACAUAAUGACACGUCUGCGUCAACUUUCUAAAAAUUGAUUUCCCAAAAUUCCAGCUUUUACCCUGCGAACUGCAGCAACUGUGUGCGCGCUUUCACACGGCAUCCUGAUCGUUCAGAUCAACGCCAGCGUGUGGUGUGAGGUAUCAAAUCCUUCGGCUAUUACAAGGAGCGUGAAAGUCGCUUCGAUGGGAUUCGCAAGCCUCUGAUGAAAAAUGAUUUGGGUAGCUUUCAACUGACGCCUGUAAAAUGUGAUUUAUUAUUAUUAUUUUUUUUAAAUAUAUAUCUUUUUGUAUAAAUAUCCUUUUCCUGG